UCUUUCUCUCUCCUGUGUUUAUAUUAUUGUUGAUUUUUUCUCGCCUUCGGUUUGGUUUUGUAAUCACUUUUUGUUUUGUUCUUUACUUUUUAUUAACCUUUAAUUGAUUGACUAUUAAAUUACAUUUUACAUCGAUGAUUGACUAAUAUUUAAUUGGUUUUCUUCUUCUUCUCUAUUGCUUCUUCUAUCUACUCUCCAUAGUUACUGCAUUUAAUCACCUUCAAUACAACAGUAUGGUUAAUAUAACCGAAAUUAAAUGUUACUGUAGAGAUCCGGUUACUUGUGGACCGGAUCAAACAUGUAUUACAGAUGGGAUAUGUUAUACUUCAGCUCAAAUGUUUAAAGAUGGUCAAGUUAACUACGAAUUUGGUUGUAUACCUUUAAAUAAAUUGGUGCCUCCUGAAAAUCCGAUGAAAUGUCUCUACUCGGAGCAAACCAAAGUCCGCUUCGCCAUUAAAUGCUGUCGUGAACAAGAUUUCUGUAACCGUGAUGCUAAACCGAUUCUUGCAUCAACUUCGUUGCGAGAUACUUCGGUUUCACUGGACGUUUUCAAAAUUGUCUUAAUGAUCGCAAUCCCCUGUAUCUUUGUGUUAACUCUUGUAAGCGUCUAUUUUGUCCGUAAACGGACUCGUGAUCAGAAAACAUGGAGAUAUCACUCCGACCCUGAGGGCAGUUUAACUUCUGGAGAUCCUCUCAUUCAAUCUCAAGGAAGUUCAAUCAGAGAUCUCAUUGAACACACAAGCUCAGGCUCAGGAUCAGGUCUUCCUCUCCUUGUGCAACGUACCAUCGCCCGUCAAAUACAGCUUGUUGAAUCCAUAGGUAAAGGACGUUACGGUGAAGUGUGGAGAGGACAAUGGCGAGGGGAAUCUGUGGCUAUUAAGAUUUUCUCAUCCCGUGAUGAAAGAUCUUGGUUUCGUGAGGUAGAAAUCUACCAAACAAUCAUGUUACGACAUGAUAAUAUUCUUGGUUUCAUUGCUGCUGAUAACAAAGAUAGUGGAACCUGGACACAAUUAUGGUUGGUCACUGAUUAUCAUGAACAUGGCUCUUUGUAUGAUUAUUUGUACAAAAAUACCAUUGAUGCUGCCGGAUUAGCACGAAUGGCUUAUUCGAUUGCUAAUGGUUUGUCCCAUUUACACAUGGAGAUACAGGGAACUCAACAUGACAUCAGAAAGACUGACCAAGGGAAACCUGCAAUUGCUCAUCGAGAUCUCAAAAGUAAAAAUAUUCUUGUCAAAUCAAAUGGGACCUGUGCUAUCGCUGACCUUGGGUUGGCUGUUCGCUACGAUUCAGAAAUGGAUUCAGUUGAUAUUCCACCAAAUCCUCGAGUUGGAACUAAACGUUACUUGGCUCCUGAAGUUCUUGAUGAAUUGAUGAAUCCAAAUCAAUUUGAUGCUUACAAAAGAGCAGAUAUUUACGCUCUUGGUCUGGUCUACUGGGAAAUGGCUCGAAGGUGUAAUAUUGAUGGUGUUUAUGAAGAUUAUCAAUUACCUUAUUACGAUAUGGUGCCUUCAGAUCCUUCAAUUGAAGAAAUGAGGAAAGUGGUUUGUGUCGAUCAAGCAAGACCACCAAUACCCAGUAGAUGGCAAAAUAACGAGACACUUCGUGUAAUGUCACGUUUAAUGAAGGAAUGUUGGUAUACCAAUGCCCCUGCGAGGUUAACUGCUUUGAGGGUAAAGAAAAGUAUUGCUGCUAUUGGUGCCUCAGAGGAUAAAGUGACUGUAUGAAAUUCAUUGAUGUAUCAUCUCCAUCAGCUUCGUUGUUCACCACCAGUGACCACAGCCCUAAAUCAAUCAACUUAUUAACCACACACUUCAUAAGGCGAAAAAAAAAGAAAUCGAUUUAAAAAAAUACAUAAACAGGAAGCACAACUAUGAUAUAAAACUGUACAGUUCAAGAUUAUCUUCAUCUUCAUCAUUGCUGCUGCUGCUAAUUGAUCAUGAUUAUGCUCCCAUUCAUGAUUAACCUUUGACCAAGACUCUCUGGCAAAGUAAAAAAAAAACAAUAAUUUGCUUUUGGACGAAACGACUAACCAUUAUGAAAGAGAGUAUUAAAGCGCGUAAAUAGCUUGUGUAUAUGUUUAUAAAUAUAUACUUUUUACUUUGUGUUCAUAACUCAUCGUUAUAAUCAACAACUUCAUUGUCAUCAUCAUGAAGAGAGAACCAGAAAAUCUGAAAGAUAAAUUGGAAAGAGUUAAACAAACGAGAUGUUAUGGAAAAGAGGGAAAUAUUGUGAUGGAAAAAUUGAUCAACCACAAGAAGAAACAAGAAGAUAAUUGUUAUUUACGUAAUAUCGAGGGUGUUGAAAGAGAGAGGAGAGUCAACAGAAGUACACCAAUGGAUCCUAAACUCAACCUCAACACCCGAUACACAAUUCAUACACAUGAAAAACUGAAUUCAAUGUGUCAAUCAUAUUAGCAGUAGUUUUGGUUAAUUCCUCUUCCUUUUUUGAUUGCUAUAAUCUCUGCUUACAAUGGACGGGUCACUGCUGUUUACCUCAAUCAAAAAAUGAAACAACAAUUAAACAAAAAGCUCUCAUCAUUUCCUAAACUAAUUCUGACCUCAACACAGCAACAACAAACCAUGAAUCCGAAUUGAAAGAUAUUCUCUUUUUUUCCUUCAUUGCGAAACACUAAUUAUUUCAUUGAUAAAUUGCUGUUUCCGUUCAUCAACUUCUUACCAUUAUCAGCCAAUUCCACCGCCAACAAAUAUUUACCACCACAAUUACAACAAUAACCUCAUCAUGAAUAAUUUAAUCUGAUUUGUUUCGAAUUACAUAUUCGUCCAAUUACCUCCAUCAUCUCAUCUCAUCUCAUCUUCUCUUCAUCUUUCUUUUUUGUUCCUUAUUAGUUUCUAAUUCUCUUAAAAUGUAAAUACUUUUGGAUUACUUUUCACUACCACCUCCAAAUUUACCACGUUAAUGCUGAACAUGUUUCUUUACUACGUAUUAUCUUCACGGGCUCACUAAAAGUGCAUCCGUUUAAAUGGUAAACUUAAAUGGUAUUUUGAUUCUAUCAAGCCAUAGACGGAAUUAUGAUUAUGUUUACAUGAUUAUAAACAAAGAGACAUGGAGAAAACUACGGAAAUGAUUUAAUGGUUAAAUGAAGGAAGAUACAAACCUCCAACUAAUUAAAUUUAUUUCGCCUGAUUAUCUAAUUAACCAAUAGAUGUAACAACCCAACAGAAUCAACAACCCAUUCAAGUCCCGAAAUUUUUGUUCAAUACUGGGUAAAGAAUCAAGCAUUUCUUCUGAGAAAAAAAAUUAAUUUCCUUUUGUUUUAAAAACAAUCAACUAAAUCAACUUGAUUUGUUAUUUGUAAUUCGCAUUUUUGUCUCUGCAAUUUGUUUCAUACCUCCAAUAAAUUACAUCUCAUUACCAAUGAGCGUCCCGAUGAACUAUA